AAAGUGAUAAGUGUGCUUGAAGUAGAUAGGAAAUUUUAAAAAAUAACUACUUAUAAGUAUAAACGUAUAAUAAGUACAUUUUUAAAUGAAAGUAGAGUACAAGUUUCGCGAUAAUGAAUAUUAAAAUUCCGUUACUUGCGCUAAUAUUCAUCUUAAUUUUAUCAUUAAAUUUAGUUGAAACUACUCAUUUUUCAAAUUUUGCACAAUUUCUAUCGGAAAUUAAUGAAACUUUAAACCAAGCAUCUAGUUAUGAGUUGCCAACCAACAAUAAUGAGUAUUUUAUGAGCCAAAGUGACAACCACGAAAAAACAAAAGAUUUUGGAACAUACGAUUUUGUCAUAGUAGGAGCUGGUGCAGCCGGAGGAGUUCUUGCUAAUCGUUUGUCAGAAACCAACUAUUCGGUUUUGAUAAUUGAAGCAGGCAAGGAAGAUCCGGCCAUAUCCAAAGUCUUGGGAUUAAGCUUGUUUUUGCUAAAGUCAGACUGGAAUUGGGGAUAUAAUACCAUUGUCCAAAAAAACUCUUGUUUAGGUAGCAUUAAUCAAAAAUGUAUGUAUCCAAGAGGAAAAUCUUUAGGCGGUUCCAGUGCCAUUAACAUAGGGUUUUAUAGUCGUGGAAAUAAAGAAAACUAUAACGUUUGGGAAGAAUUAGUAAACUCUAAAUGGUCCUAUGAAAAUUGUCUACCCUAUUUCAAAAAAUCAGAGACAGCUGAUUUUAAUGUAGAUAUUGAUAAUGUAUAUCACGGAUUUAAUGGGCCUCAGAAUAUAAGCAUAGUAGAGGAUACUCCAAUUUUGUCCAAUGAACUUAUAAAUGCGUUUAAGGAACUGGGGAUGAAUGAAGGCGAUUAUAAUGGUGCUAGUCAAUAUGUCGUUAGUAGAUGUCAAAUGUUCUUAGAUGGCACCACUCGUUCCAGCUCAGCCCAUGCAUACAUUAGACCCGCUUUAAAUAGAAAUAAUUUAAAACUGUCUCUAAACUCCCUUGUUACAAAAAUCCUAAUAUCCGAAGAUAAGCGGGCCACAGGAGUGGAAUUUUGGAAAAAUGGAGAAAAAAAUUGUGCUACUGCUAGAAAAGAGGUAAUAGUAUCUGCAGGUGCUAUUAACUCUCCUCAACUAUUAAUGUUAUCUGGAAUUGGUCCCCAAGAUGAAUUAAAAAAGCAUGGAAUUAAAAUGCUGGUAAAUUCAAAUGCUGUAGGAAAAAAUCUAAGAGAUCACAUGUGGUAUUACGGUAUAGUAUUUAGGACUAACAUAACUAUUCCCUACAAUAAUAGCCUAGUGGAGAAUAUAAAGUUGUGGAACCAAAAGAAAAGGCCUUUGAUAACGUCAGCCGGAGUACAAGUAGUAACAUAUUAUAAUAUUGGUGAUAAUAGAAACUUUUCCGAUCCAAAUAUUGAAGUAAUCAUUCUCGGACCACCUGCGGUCUCACCAGAUCUUCCAAAAAUGUUGGGGUUAAACCAGGAUUAUCAAAUGUCAUUUAAAAAUUUAAAUAAUCAAACUGAUAUAAUCUCAGGACUGUUUCUAUUGCAGCCGAAGUCAAUCGGACAAAUUACUCUAAAAUCGGCAGAUCCUAAAGACUUUCCGCUUAUAGAUACAAAUUUCUUCUCUGAUCCUGAAGAUUUAGAAACAAUGUAUAAUGGAAUUGAAAAAAUACUUGAACUUCAAAAUACUGAAACAUUUAAGAAAAUGGGAGUGAAACUAAUUAGAAACUCAUCUCCCAGUUGUGAUGGAUUAUAUGAAACAUUUUCGAAAGAGUGGUGGAUUUGCGACUUACAAUAUGUCGGAACUACGGUUUACCAUCCAUCUGGUACCACGCAAAUGGGAAAUAAUAUAACAAAUGCUGUCGUUAACGACAAUUUGGAAGUUUAUGGUAUUAAACAAUUACGAGUAGUAGAUGCCGGAGUUUUGCCUGUUUCAAUAUCGGGACAUCUUAAUGCUCCUGUGGUCAUGAUUGCCGAGAAAAUUGCUGAUGUUAUUAAAGCAAAAUAUCAAUAAAAAAUGCUCCUUUUAGAAUGUACAGCUAAUUUGAGUAUUUAACAGUUUAACCGACAUAAGCGAAAAUAUAGAAUUAAACUUAUAUUUGAAUAUAUGAUAUAUUAGAAAUAUAAAUAUCAAAUUAUUAUAUAGAAUUCCUAUACACAAACCCCUGUCUAUGUGAAGUUGGUCCGACGUGCUUAACAUUAUAUUUUUAAAUUUAAUUAAGAGCCAAUUAAAAUUUGAUUUCAAAUAUAA